ACAACAAUAAUAGUAAUAAUAAUAAUAUAUUUUGUAAUAGUAGUAAUAGUAAUAUUAAUAUUAAUAUUGAUGAAACGCAAUAAUGAAGAAAUCAUAAAACUUUGUUGUAUAUUAAUUUUGGUAUUACCGUGAUAUCGAACGAUUAUUAUUUAUUGUUAUUGUUUAUAAGUGUGCGUGACAUCGACAACAAUAAUUAACGUACCCUAAGCCUUGUCUAUACCGUUCAGGAGUCAGGUCCGUUGUGUGUCCAGUUGUGAUAGUUUCGUCAACAUUCACUUAAGAAAAAAUUAAAUUCAACUACGGCGAUUGGAUUCUGUCAAAUGUGUGGUUGGCCGUCUUGACAUUAAUGAUUUGAAGACAUCUGCUCACGAUUAUCAUCAAUUGUACUCUGAAACGACGUAAAAAUAUCAGGAAAAAUGAACAAUAGCGUGGAAAUUGUUGUAACAGAAAAAUCUGGGGAAAAACGUUUGGUCACUGUCCAAGGUGCAACUGUUGAGAAUACAGAUGAUCGACGUGUGCAUGAAAAUAUUGGAUAUGGGAUAUUUGUUCAAGGAUUAAAUGGAGAUUUAGCCCAUUUAUUAUUGGAUCAAGAAGAAGUGGGGACUAUGACUGUAGAAAGUUUAGCAAAAAUAAUCAAUGGUCAAGAAGCCAUAAGUGUAUCUGGAGGACAAAUCCAGAUAAAUAAUUUAAAAAUUGAAAAUGUGGAUUUAUCUAAUCAAGAAGGAACAACAGAAAUUUAUAUUGCUGAAGAUAAGAAUAUUGCAAUUGACAUGGCUAAUGAGGCAGUGGCAAACUGUCAAAGUCUUAUGCGACCUAACCCCAUGGAUGAACUACAAUGUCAAAAAUGUGGCAAACGUUUUUCAGAUGUUAAUGCCUUAAAAUCUCACGAGGUGUCUCAUGAAGAUGGCCAAAAUGUUGAUUGUAAAUUUUUGUGUACUGUUUGUGGAGAAAAAUUUGAUAAGGCUAAUGCAUUGAGUGCACAUUUAGUCAUCCAUCGCAAUAUUAAGUUACAUUACUGUGAAGUUUGUGGAUUAGCUUUUUCUGAUGAUCAAUCUUUAAAAGAACAUACUCAAAUGCACUCUCGUCAGAAACUACACGCUUGUGAAAAAUGUGAUAAAAAAUUUCCUUCAAGCUAUAGAUUGUUUCGUCAUAUGACAAUUCAUACAGAAAAUCCUCCUUUUGUUUGUGAUCAAUGUGGUGUGUCUGUGGCAAAUAAAAGUGAUUUAAAACUUCACAUCAUGAAACAUACUGGGAGUGCUGUGUACACAUGUACUGAAUGUGAUAAGAGUUUUUUAAAGCCAUCUUGUCUGCAACGACAUUCGAGUGUACAUACUGGUGAACGACCAUUGCAUUGUAAAACUUGUAACAUGACAUUUACUUAUUCCAGUAAUUUGUGUGGGCACCUAAUAGCUAGUUCAAAAGCAAAGCCACAUCCGUGUACUAUGUGUGAAAAAUCAUUUCGACGACCAUCUGAUUUAGAACGCCACAUGAUGAUCCAUACUGGUGAACGUCCAUUUGUGUGUCAAGUUUGCUCCAUGUCAUUUAUUACAAAUUAUAAUUUAAAAGUGCAUUCAAUGAUUCAUAAUGGGGGUUUACCAUAUCCGUGUACAUCCUGUGAUAAAGCGUUUAGUAAACCUUCAGAAUUGCAAAGACAUAAAUUGGUACAUUCAAGAGAAAAGCCAUUUUCAUGUGUCAAAUGUGAAGCUACAUUUACCAAUCAAAGUAACCUUAAAGCUCAUAUGAUAACUCAUACAGGCCGAAAACCAUUUCCCUGUCGUAUUUGCAAUAAAGGAUUUACACGUCCAUCAGAUGUCAAACGUCAUAUGCUCACACAUACUGGUUGUCGUCCUUUUGCAUGUGAUGUAUGUGGCUUGGCAUUUGCUGAUUCAUCAAAUUUGAAAAAACAUUCUUUGACCCAUUCUAAAGAUGAUCAAAAACUUGCUUUGCAACAUCAAUGUCCAUCAUGUUGUAUGUCCUUUUUUUCAUAUGAACAACUCAAUGAACAUAUGAUCUCUGGAAAUUGUACCAACAAUAGCGGGCAAGCUGAACCUAAGUACUCAUGCAAAGAAUGCGGUGCUACGUUUAAUCAUGCACUUCACUUACAAGAGCAUGCUAUCAUGCAUUCGAAUCACAGAUCAGUGCAUAGGUGUGAUGUGUGCAACAAAACAUUCAUUCAAGAGUCGUUUUUGAUUGCACAUAAAGCUUCUCAUACUGAAUCGCGACCUCAUCGUUGUGACAUAUGUUUGAAGAGAUUCAAAAGUACAUCUCAUCUAAAAAAUCAUGUGAUGAUACAUUCUGGUGUAAAGCCUUUUGAAUGCACAGUAUGUAACAAGUCAUUUUUGAAACUCGCUUCAUUGAGACGUCAUUUUGCCACUCAUGAUCGUAUAAAUUUCUCAUCCGCUGUUUGCCACCAAUGUGGUAAAUCAUUUCUCAAUCAAGAAUAUUUGAAAAAACACAGUGUAGUACAUGCUGAUUCAUAACAUAGAUAAAUAAGGAUAAAAAUUAUUUUGUUCACUCAUUAUUAUUGGUGAACUGUAAAAUGGAGUAACACUACUGAUUCUUUUGAAGUUUUUGUAGUGAAUACUAUAUUAAGUGUAGAUAAAUUUCAAUUUUUAUGUAAAUAUAAUUU